AUGUUCACCAUUGGGGUUUACAAUAGAACCAUUCUCAGAAGAGCAAUGGGUUCAGUCAGAUUUAAUUCCACUUCCAAGAAUUCUAGUUCAUAUAUGUCAUGGGUCGAUUAUUUUACAUUAAAGAAACUGAACAAUAGAUUCAAUACUAUUGCCGGUAUAAUUACUGGUUUUGGUGGUAGUGCCCUUACUUUAACAUAUCUCGGUAAUAUUGAAAUUGAUGUUGAAAAACCAAUAAUGGGAUUUGAUCCAUUGAUGGUUAUGGGAGGUGGUGUCAUCCUCGGUGGUUUAGUUGGGUAUUUAAUUGGACCAUUCAUGGGUACUUCAGUAUUCAAAGUAUUACAUAAAUCAAAAAUUGCUCAAUAUGAAAUUAGAAAUAAAGAAUUUUUAAAGAGACUUCGUGAAAAGAGACCUGAUCCAUCUUCUCAAAGUUUUUCUAAUCCAAUUCCUGACUAUUAUGGUGAGAAGAUUUAUUCUUUGAAAGAUUAUAAACAAUGGUUAAGAGACUGUAAUGCAUUUAGAAGAAAGGCGAGAGAAUUUGUUUAA